AUGAGUGCCUUUUCUCUGGCAGUUUCUGCGAUCUUGAAAGAGGAGGCGGCAAGAGUGGUGGGGGCGCUGGGCAUUGAAACGGACGCUGAAUUGGCCUGCUAUUUCCGUGAUGAGAUGGAUUUGUUCGAGGUGUCUGCCAAGCCCGACGUGGUGAGUACUGUUACUCAUGCGUGGCGUGUGGCCCGCCUACAAGUCGACAUCGCCUUGCAGAAGCCAGUUAAGCGAGCCCGUGUGGUGUUGGAGCAACGAGUGCCGCAGGCGGGAGCCGGACUGCGGCCUAAGGCGCGAUGUGUGCCGCCGGUGUCGCUAUUGCCUCGGCCGUUUAGGGCGCAGUAUGCAUCUAAGCCUUUGCGGUCGCAGCCUGCCAUGCCAGACGCCAAGAGUGCGUUGCUACAAACAGUUAUGGAACUGGUCAUUACGUCAGCUUCGGAAAACACCCAGUUUGAUCGGGCAAUUUGGGACAACCCUGCAGAAAACUUUGUUUUGUUUGCGGCGCGCUUUCGUACUGUGUCGGAGGAGCAGCUUCGAGCGCAUCUUCGCGCCUUUCGUCGCUGGGUGCGCUGGCACGGGGCCAAUGUUCCGACAGAGGUGCUGUACUGGAAGCCAACAGCCCUUUGGAUGGCCAAAUAUCUGGCUCAUGCCACUGGUACAGUUGCCUCAUUCAUGACCUGGACGCUUGUGCUGUUAGUGGCCUGUCUGAGGUUCGCGCACAGUCGUCGAUCGCACUCGCUCAGAUAUCAGGACGGUUUUAUCCGGGCAACCUGUAGCCAGGGCAAGCGCAGAAUCCAGGGCCGUCGGCCGCCGUUUGAUUGGGCCAUUCCCGCCCGGCUUACGCAGUCCGUGGAUGUUUCGAGCCUGGUAUUGCUGGACUGGGCCGAGUUGCAGCGUGCCUUAGGCAAGCCACCAAGCUUUCUCGUGCCUGACUUAGAGGUUACAGCUGCCUUGCCAUUGUCGUCUACGACACGGAAGCUGCCUCGACCCAUGACCUUGGCCAAGUUCAACAGUUUGCUUCGUUCACUGGCGGCUAGCUUGGGCGCCUCCCCUGAGGAGGCCGCAGAGAUAUCAUCUUACAGCCUACGGCGCUUCAUGCCGACGGCGGGGGAGGUUAUGCAGUUUGCGCCGUUUGAGCUGCAGGCAGUUGGCAAUUGGGUGGAAUUGCCCCGGACAGAAGCUUCCACUGGGGCAAGGACUCCAGCAGUGGGCAUGGCUCAGCAUUAUGCGCACGAUAAGGUCUUUUCUGCUGCCUUUAUCAAACAUCAGAUUUUGACUUCGUUGCACCAAGCAAUGUUGAAGUCAGGGCAGCCGACGCAGUGCACAUGGCAUGAUGUGCGGCUGCACGUGCCUCCGCGUGAAGCGGUCCUUCAGCAUUUGCAGACGCAGGGCAGCUCUCAGGCGUCGCCGUCGAGACCCACCUCUCUCAGGAGCCCUGUGGAUAGUUCGUCAGUUUCCCUUUCAGACUCAAAUUCUUCAUCGUCAGAUUCCGAGACAGAGGUCCACUCUGUCGACACUCUGCCAUGGUUCACGCAGUCUGGAAAAGGACAGAAGCAUCUUGUCCAAAAGGUCCAGGGCAACAUGCUGGUGCCUUGGUGCAGAGAUUCUGUGUUUGCAGCUGUGCAUUACGAGAGAGGUGCAGGCAUCUCUGCAGCAACGGAGCUAUGCCAAAAGUGCUUGGCUCGAGCACCGCUGGCUUGGCGUGAGGCUUGCAAGAUUCAAGAGUCUGUAGUCUAG